CACUUCUGCAUUUUCGUAUUGAUUUUAUUUUCAGAAAAGUCCAAGACAAAGUUGUGGGAAACAUAUUCAAAAGCCACCGCGAAUAGUCAUCUAAAUGCAAUUUGGUGAACAAAAAGGCCACAAGUGCAAUUAUGGGAGACAAUGAGCAAAAGGCCCUUCAGCUUAUGGCUGAGGCGGAAAAGAAGCUGACACAACAAAAAGGUUUUCUCGGCUCACUUUUUGGAGGCUCCAACAAGGUCGAGGAUGCCAUCGAAUGCUAUUCGCGAGCUGGCAACAUGUUCAAAAUGUCCAAGAACUGGACCAAGGCCGGCGAAUGCUUCUGCGAGGCAGCCACGCUGCACGGACGCGCCGGCAGUCGCCACGAUGCAGGCACCUGUUACGUGGACGCCUCCAACUGCUACAAGAAGGUGGACGUGGAGAGCGCAGUCAACUGCCUGAUGAAGUCCAUAGACAUCUACACCGACAUGGGACGCUUCACAAUGGCAGCUAAGCAUCAUCAGAGCAUUGCCGAAAUGUAUGAAACCGAUCCGGCUACCCUGGCCAAGGCUGUGCAGCACUACGAGCAGGCGGCAGAUUAUUUCAAGGGCGAGGAGUCGGUGAGCUCGGCCAACAAGUGCAUGCUGAAGGUUGCCCAAUACGCAGCCCAGCUGGAGGAUUACGAAAAAGCAAUAUCGAUAUACGAGCAGGUUGCUGCCUCGUCGCUCGAGAGUUCGCUGCUCAAAUAUAGCGCCAAGGAGUACUUCUUUCGCGCCGCUCUUUGCCACCUGAGUGUUGAUUUGUUGAAUGCGCAGCACGCAAUUGAAAAGUAUGCGCAACAGUAUCCGGCAUUCCAAGAUUCACGAGAGUUCAAGCUUAUCAAGGUUUUGUGCGAGCACCUUGAGGAGCAGAACAUUGAAGGCUUCACAGAGGCAGUCAAGGACUAUGACAGCAUCUCUCGCUUGGAUCAGUGGUACACAACAAUAUUGCUAAGAAUUAAGAAGGCCGCCGACGAGGAUCCCGACUUGCGAUAAGGACACAGAUCUAUUAAAGCAUAUAAAUAAAAAUCUAUUAACGCAUAUAAAACUUAUAAAAUGCUUUUUCAGUUUAAAACAAGUAAUUUAAUAUAACUACAUAUAUGCAUAUAAUUAACAAACACAAAACGAAAAUUAACUCAACUUAAACAAUUCUAUUGCAACAUUUUAAAAAUGAAAGUAAACUAAAGAAAGUGAAAGAAAGAUCCGGAAUUGGAAAUGUUAUUAGAAUGUUAGAAUAGUUAAAACAAGUUUGUUUUUAUUUUUGCCUAUUUAAUUUAACUCGCAAAUGCAAACAAUAUUAUUAGCAAUGCUUUUAUCAAUAAUUUGAUUAUGUUGCAAUAAUGAUAUUAUUAUAAACACAAGUAAUUCGGAAUUGUUUAUCGAGUCUAAGUUAUUAAGUUGUAUAUUUGUUUGUUAAAUUGGAGUUGUUAAGGCGUAUUUAGCUUUUGAGUUAGACAAAUUGUCAAUUGACGGCGAUUAGAAAUCUUACAAUUUUGACAUUAACUAAAAAAUAGUUGAAAAUAUCUUUUAUUAAACAUAAGCGAAAAGAUUUCGAUGGCAACGAUGCGCCAGCAUCAGAAUUGAAUAAUGAGGUAAACGCAUGAUUGAAAAAUAUAUAUAUUAUAAUAUAAUUAAAAGAAGCAUUCAAA